CCUUUUGUUAUUGUGUCAUUUUACAACGUUGAUAGCUCUAGUACUUUUUCAGCAGAUCAUCUCUACAUUCACGAUAAGAAUUCAUUACAUUUAUAUUAUGAAAGCAAACAUGAUAAAAGCAGCGUUACUCGUCGUCAUGGCAACCGUGGCCAUUAAUGAGGCCAUUGUCUGUUUACCCAAUUAUUGUGAGAACGUCCAGUGCGAGGCGAUCACGAGCUGUGAUGGAAGAAUUGUUUCCAGGGGCGGGUUUUGUGGGUGCUGUGACAUGUGCAAGAAAGUCUUAAAUCCGGGAGAUAACUGCUUUCAAAUGUUGUUUAGGGGUGUUCCGAGCACAGUUAUGUGCCCUGACAAUUACCACUGUGAUGCUGUCACGACCAAAUGCGUCGCAGUGACACAGUAGUGCGUGUCCUUGCUGUAUGACCUGAGAUCUCUUGCACACACAGACACAUGUUCUUGGGAAUAAACUACUGUGUGUGUA